AUGGCGCCCUACCUCGGAACCCCCCCAGACCCCGCCCCCACCGGCCACGAAGCCUUCCUCCACGCCCCCGCCUUCCAGACCUUCACCCACCCCCCGCGCCUCCUCAUCAUCGGCGCCGGCAGCCGCGGCACCGCCUACGCCACCGCCGCCGUGCAGCACACCAACGCCACCAUCGGCGGCGUAUGCGAGCCCAUCUCCUCCAAGCGCGCCGCCUUCAGCGCGAAAUUCCUCCAGGAGUCUGCGCCGGGCCAGUGUUUCCCCGACUGGCAGACCUGGGUCGCGUACGAAGAAGAGCGCCGAAGCAACGCGGCGCAGGGCCUCCCGACCCCGCCCGGCGUCGACGCCGUCUUUGUGUGCGUGCUCGACGAGCAGCACGAGGCUGUCGUGUGCGGCAUUGCGCACCUCGGGCUGCACGUGUGCUGCGAAAAGCCGCUCAGCACGCGGCUGGAGAGCUGUGUGCGUAUGUAUCGCGCGCUGCGGGACGCGGGGGAGAGGAUCAGGGGGGAGGGCGGGACGGAGCCGGUGUUUGGGAUUUGCCAUGUGCUGCGGUACUCGCCGCAUAACAUGCUCCUCAGGCAUUUGGUCAGGGAGAAGGGGGUUGUGGGCGAGGUGUUGAGUGUGGAGCAUACCGAGCCGGUGGGGCACUGGCAUUUCAGCCAUAGCUAUGUCCGCGGCAACUGGCGCAAAACCUCCACCUCCGCGCCCUCGCUCCUCACCAAAUCCUGCCACGACAUCGACUUCCUCCUGUGGCUCCUCUGCACACCCCUCUCGCCCACCGCGCCCCCCCACCUCCCCUCCACCAUCUCCUCCACCGGCUCGCUAAAACACUUCCGCCGCGCGCGCAAACCGCGCGCCGCGGGAACCGCCACGAAUUGCUUGAGCUGCGCCCACGAGCCCGACUGCGCAUACAGCGCGAAGCGCAUCUACGUCGCCCGGCACCUGGCGCAAGGCGUCACCGACUGGCCCGUCAACGUCGUGGUGCCGGACAUCGAGGACGUGUAUGCGGCGCAGGGCCCCGCGGCCGCAGAGAAGAAGCUGCUGGGUGCGCUGGCAGAGGACUGGGAUGCAGCGACGCCUGUGGGCGUGCGGGAGGGGCGGAAUUGGUUUGGGCGGUGUGUGUGGGAGGCGGACAACGACGUGGUGGACGACCAGUUUGUGACGCUGAGCUGGGACGAGGAUACGCUUGCUGCGCCCUCUUCGGCAGAAACCACCACAGCGACGGCCUCCGCCGCGCCCGAAGACCGCGGCCCCAAAACCGCACUCCUCCACAUGAUCGCCCACACCCACGCCCAAUGCGUCCGCCGCGGCCGCAUCUACGGCACCGCCGCCGAACUCUCCUACGACUCCACAACCAUCACCAUCCACGACUUCGCCUCCGGCACCACCACCACGCACACACCUUACACGACCCCCGGCGGCCACGGCGCGCGCGGCGGCCACGGCGGCGGGGACGCCGGGCUGGUAGUGCAGUUUCUGGGCGCCGUGGACGCGGUGCGAGGGGGUAUGGGGGCAAGGCGCGCGGAGAGGGAGUGGUUGGGGUGUGAUGCGUUGGAGGUGUUGAGGAGUCAUGCGGUGGUGUUUGCGGCGGAGGAGGCGAGGGCGGGGGGGAGGGUUGUGGAGUGGGGGCCGUGGUGGGCGGAGAAGGUGGGGGAUUUGUAG